AUGAAGGUGAAGAAUGCUAACUCUAAAGCACAAGAAUUAAACUAAGAAGAGUAAAGACUUAAAAACUUAGGUGCGAAAGUUUGUUUGCAAUAUGAUUUAGAAUCAUUAAACUUCAUAACCUAAUUUAUCCCACAGUUCUUGGAAUAUUAUGUAAAUUCAUAAAAGAGAGAUAAGUAUGCAAACUAAUUGCCAUUAAUAUCUCUAACAAAUAGUCCAAUUAGAAACAUCUUAACCAGAUUCGAUAUCAACUUAUUAUUUCCUGAGAGAAUUUGGGAAUUUUCAAUGACACGUAUUUUAUGAUAAAAUUUUAUAGCAAUCUUUCUUGAACAACUUACUAAACUUGAGGUCUUCACCUAAAAUUUACCAUAGAUAUUGUAUAUGAUAAAAUUGAUUUUAAGAGGAGAUUUUGAAAUUCAACAAAAACAAUCUUAUAAUUAGGAGUUAUCUGAAUAUCAUUUGUAUAGAUUCACAAAGUUUGAAUUAUAUAGAUAAAAAUUGCCCUAUUCAUAAGUUUAUAUAUGCCAGAAUCAAUUUAUACAAGCUGAAUCAAUUGUAUUACAAAUAAUUCCAAAAUAAAAAUUUACUCUAAAUUAAGAGAAUCAACUUUAGACUUUAUCAUAUGUGGAUACUAUUGUUUUUAUAUGCUAUUAAAAUUAGUGGGCCCAAAAUUACAUUCAUGAGUAUUUAAAUGAAUAAGCAAAUGAUCCUUUUAUUUAAAAUGAAUUCGCUCUAUUGUAAGAAAGCAAAAAACCAAUUUAAAAUAAAGACAGAAAUGUCAAUCAAAGUUAUAUUUUACCGAGAAAGUUUAAACUUCUCAAUUUUUAAGCAAAUUAAUUUUAGUUUUGCUCUCAAGUUCAAAGAUGGAUCAAAAAAAUAAAUAUCACUAAUUAUGAAAGUCGAAUUUAAACAUAAAAUACGUUCCAAUCUUAAUACUACUUAUUUAAAAAAUACUUAUUCACUCCAAAUUAUGAUUAAUAUCAGAAUUUACUUAAAAAUAUUAAGAGUGAAAAAUUUUCUAUAAAUAGUGAAUAAUUUAAAGCAAUUUCUCAAGAAGGUCAUACAAUUUUGAUUGGUAGAAGUGGAACUGGAAAAACGACUAUUUCAUUGUUGAAAUUAUUUAUCACCGAUGCAAUAUUUAUGUUGAGGUAGAAUCUUGAUCUUUUUAAAGAAUCUUAUUCUAAAAUUAAUCUGUAAUAUAAUAAGGAAAUUUAAUGUGGAAUUUAAUUGAAAACCUUAUUUUUAACAUCUAGUCCUUUAUUAGCUUAAUAGAUUAAAUAGAAAUAUGAAAAUAUGGUUAAAAAUGUUGAAGAGAAUUUAAGAUAAAAGAACAGAGCUUAGAGGAUUUCAGAAUAGUAAAAAGACAAUUUGAAUGAUAGUACCGUGUAAAUCCUAGAUUUAUUGGGAGAGUAAGAAGAAAAUGAAAGUUAAUUUUAGAUUGAUGACGAAAAUGAAAAUGAAGAGGAUGUUGAUCAAUAUGAAAAAGAGAUGGGAUAAUUUUCAACCAUUUCAGAUAUUAAAUAGUUUCCUGCCUUUCUUACAAUAAGAAAAUUACUAUUUCUGAUUGAUUCUUAACUAUAGAACCCCUUUUUUAAAAAUAUAGAAUAGAUUCACAGAUAAGCCUAAUGGCAUAAUGAAUAGUUUGGAGUUCUAUCAUUGAAUUAGAAUGUCACUAAUAAUUUUUCAGAGAAAUUAGAAUCCGAAGUUCAUGAUCUCGACUCCAAAGAAAUAAUAUACCAUAAUAAUAAAUUAAAGGAAGUUACUUUGGAAAGUUUUAAAGAAUUCUUUUGGCCCAAAAUCAUGUAGGAAUUCCACUGGAAUGAAAAAUCAAACUUUUCAGAACUGGAUCCGAUGAUAAUUUGGUCAGAAAUCAUCACAAUUAUCAAAGGACAUGAAUUGUCAUAUAAAUUUCCUAACUUUCAUCUUAGCCAUGAAGAAUAUAAGAAUAAGUAUGGUUAUACAAGGUAAUCACAACCGGAUUAGGUAUUUAAACUAUUCUUAAUAUACGAGAAAUUAAAAUUAAAAUAUGACUAUUAUGAUAUCCUUGAUCUGAUUAAUCAUAUUAAUUACUAAUAAGCUUGUUGCUUUGAUACCAUCGAAUAUAUGCACUAUAUUAUACUUGAUGAACUUUAAGAUGUUCCAAAGGCUUUGCUAAUUUUGCUUACUAGAAUGACUCAUAUCUAAUUAUUUUUAGCCGGUGACAAUGCUUAAAAUAUUGUUAAAGGUAUUGGGAUGAAAUUCUCAGAUAUUAAGAGUUGUCUUGAGCAAGAAAAUGGUUAAUCCUAAUUGAUUAAAAACAAUAAAACUAAGACCUCUCUAAUCUAAUUAUCAUACAAUUUCAGAUCUAGCAAUUAAAUUUUAUAAUUAGGUAAUACUUUGGUUAAGGCUCUUGAAUUAUUAUUUCCUAAUUAACUUGAUUCCUUAUAAAAAGAGAAAUCGAAUUAAUAAGGACCAAAACCAACUAUAAUUUAGAGUUGUGAAAAUAAGGAUCUCUUGAAUUAUUUGCUAAAACAAUAUAGAAAUAAUUAGAGUAAUAUAGAAUUCGGUUGCAAUUCAGUGAUUAUUGUAAAAAAUUAAGAAUCAAAAUUAAAAAUUCCAAUAGAAUUGUAGAAUGCAAUUAUUUUAACUAUAUAUGAAGCAAAAGGUUUAGAAUUUGAUGAUGUUAUUUUAUUUAACUUUUUCACUGAUGUUGAUGAAGAUGAAAGUUUUAUGAGCUUGCUCCAAUAACUAGAAAUAAUCAAAGUCAGAAUGGAUAAACAUGAAUGGGAGACUAAAUGUAUAUUAAAUUAUUCUUAUUUUAGCUAAUUAAAAUACCUAUUUAAGUUACAAGGACAUUGGUUAAUAUGAGGUGGAGUUGACAAAGCUAUAAUACAUAUAAAAUAACCAAAAAUCAAAGUAAAAUGUUCCCACAAAAAAUCAAAACAAAGUCAAUCUUUCAUUAUAACAUGAAUUAAAAUAGCUAUAUGUGGCUAUAACAAGACCAAAAAAUAAAUUAAUAAUAUUUGAUUAAUAGUUAUAAAAUAGAAUGUAUAUUUAGAAGAUUUGGGAAGAUUUGGACAUAGUAGAAAUAAUUUAUGAUACUCAAUUAUAGGAAAUCUAAGAAUAAAAAUUUGUUUUAUCAUUUUCUAUAGAUAAUAAAACUAAUUGGAAGAAAUAAGGGUAUAGAAUGCUCAGGCAAAGUAAUUAUGAUCAGGCUUAUAAGUGUUUUAUGCUUGCAACUGAAACGGAAUUAGCAAAGAAAUGCAUGGCUUAUAAUUUAACAACCUAAGCUACACUAAAUUCAAAUAAUAUAUUAUUAUUCAAUCAAGCAGCGUAGAUCUUUGAAGAAAUAAAUCUAACAAAAAGGGCAGCAUCUUGUUACUUCUCAGCAAAAAAUUAUCAGAAAGCCUUACAAUUAUAUGAAUAAUUAAAUUGCAAAAAUGAAAUGGCUGAAUCUGCUUACUUCAUGGGAUAAUAUAAACUUGCAGGUCAACUAUUUUCAGAAUUAGGAGAAAUAAGAAGAUCUCUUGAAUGCUUUAAUAAGUAACAACUCUGGGAAGACUCCUUGGAUUAACUUAAUUAAAGCAAAGAGUAAUUAAAAACAGAAGAAAAAUUAAUGUUCCUAAGUAUUAUAAUACCAAAAUAUCUGAGGUCAAUAAUAGAUGAUAUCGAAAAACAAGAAUUAUUACAAUAGCAAAAUGAAGAAAUUAGUAAUCUUAAUAAUUAAUCUGAAUCCUUUUAAGUAGAAAAUUCGUUAGUUAAUAACAAUUAAAUUGGAUAAAAAAACAAUCAAGAAGAUGAUGUGUAAAUUAUUAAUGCUCAAGAUAAUUCUCAAUCAUUUUAAGUUAUAUUAGAUGAAUCACUUGAUCAUCUAUCUUUUUAUGAUCCAGAUGAUGAAUGGAUUAAAGUUGACAAUAAAUCUUUAAUCAAAUCUAUUGCAUCUUCAAGUAUAGAAUCAUAAUAUUCGAAUGUCUUAUUGAUGAAUUAACCUACAAAUACUCCACUUCUUAAAUCUAGAUAAAAUAUUUUUAUCAAAAAUAAUGUAAUGUUGCAUUUAUGUGAAAGAUUUUAACAAUUUUAAAAUGAAUUUAAAAUACUAUUAGAAAAUUAAAAAAGUUAAAGUACAUUACUGUCAUUUAGAAAUACAGAAGAGAAAGAGUUAGACCACAUGAUUAACUUUUUAUAUGAUUUAGAGAACUUUGACAUAGAAUCUGUUUAUUUUGUGUUGGAUAUCCUAGAGCAUUUCAAAAGCUACAAACUUUGUAUUUAUGUUUGCAAUCAGUUUAAAUUAUCUUAACAUUUAGGCAGAUAUUUAAUAUCUUUGGCAUCCCAAUAUACUCCGCUUAAUAAAAAUAAAUUUAAAUUAGAAAAUUGGAUUAUUGGUAACAACUUAAAAAGAAAGCGUUUAUUAGACCAAUCAAUCCUAGCCUAAUUCACAUUCAAUAACAUUCUAGAAGCAAUCAAUCCAAGUUAUUUGCAAUUCAAAAAUGAAGAUAUACUCCACUCAUCCAAUAGUUUUGGAAUCGAAUGUUAUAAAUAACUGAUAGGAUUAGGGUAUUGGAGAACUAUAAUUUAUUAAUUGAACUAUGAAAAUGCAGUUAAAUUGUGCCAAUCUUUUAAUAACUAUUAAGAUUUGGUGAUCCUUAUUCAAAAAAUCAAGGAAAAUAGAUAGACCAAUCAGUUAACCGAUGAUGAACAAUUCUAACUAAUUAAAAAUAACUACUUCAUUUAAGUAGAAUAAUAUUUCUUAUCAAAUUAAUCUAAAAAUCAGAUAAAUAUUGAUGAAACAUUCGAAAUUACUAUUUAAUGUGCUUCCUAAAGAAAAUUAACGAAAAAUAAUAUGAUAAAAUUGAUCAAUAAUUCAAAACUAUAUUAGAGCAACCUAACAAAUUAAGAAAAGCUUAAAUAGAUAGAAUCCAUUAUCUUAUGUAUGUUUUGUUGUAUGGGAAUAUUAAAGUUUGAAAUGGAUUCCUAUUCUAUCAUCAUUGAUUUAGUUAAUUAAUAGUAGUAUUGUAUUAAUCAACUUCUUUUUGCUCACCUCAAAUCUAACAUCAUUGAAGCACUCUAAUUUUUAUUCAAAUUUUCAUUUACAACUGGAGAUAUUAUGAUUGAUUAUUCUUAAUUUUGCAUUAUUCACAUUACAUCUAAACUGAUCAAAAAUGUGAAUGAUUAAAUGAUCUUUAUUGACAUAGCUUAUGAAUACAUCUUAAUAACAUUUGAAACUUUAGGUAAACUUUUUAAGUCAUAUUUUUGCAAUUUCAAACCAAUCGUUAAAAUAUUUUCAACUAUUGAAAAUUAAUAAGGUCAACAAGAAACAAAAAAUAUUAUUAAUUGCUUAAAAUAAAGACUCUAAUAUUAAUACGAGAACAUCCUUCCAAAUCUCACUUUUCAUUUGAAAGAAAAAAUAGAUUAUUAUUCAAAAAUGGUCUAUGGAAAUCGUCAAAAGAGUCUUGUAGAUGUCGUAGAUGAUCAUGAAACUUCAAUCUUGCAUUUUACAAAGUCUGAUGAAUUAAGAGCUGUUCAUAACUGGCUCUUAUAAACGAAUUUCAGAAUCGAUAAUAUGGAUAAGUAAAUUAGAUAUUAUUUAAAGAAUGAAUGCAUACUCCUAUUUGAAUAAGGAUUAAUAAAUUAAUAGUAAAAACAUGGCUUUUUUAUUUUAGCAUUAAACUUAUUACAUUUAUAAGAUAAUAUACCAUAUGCCAUAUUUACAUUACAAAGUAUGAAAGAAAAGGAAGAAUCAGAAUAUUAUUUAAAAUAUCUUGAAUUUUUAGAGUGUCAGCAUUAUGAUAUAAUUGAAGAUUCAUUUGAUUGCUUUAUUGCUUAUAAUUAAUAUUUUGAAGGUUAAAUGUACUUAGAUGAAUGGAUGAAUCACUUAAUCAGAAUAGGCAUAAAUAUGAUUUUGGCUCAAGAAGGAAUAACAUAGAUCUAUAUUCCAUACAAGUUUUAAGACUUUAUAUCUUCUAAAUUGGAGCUUGAUCAACCUCUAUUCAAAUUAUCUAAAAUUGAGAUUCUCAUAGAUUAUAUAGAAUAACUAUAAUAUUAUAUAGAAACAUGUAAUUCAGAGUAUUAUGAAUAUCAAUCUAAUUUACUUUUAGUAGUCCUUAUCUUGAAUAUAAAGAACCUAACUUAUGAAUUAAAAGAGAAGUUAUUAUAAGCGUUUUCGAAUGAUUCUACUUAUCCAUUUUAUAAAAAAAUACACUAAUGCCUUAAUCAAAAAAAUCCAAAUUUGUAAUAGGAAUUAAUUAAUAAAAUGGACGUACUUUUUAUCAAAGGAUAUUUUGAAGAAAAGUUAAUCACUUUAUAAAUUAAUUAAAAAGUCUAAAACCUAAACUCUUAAGUUGUAUACUAGAAUUGUUUAAGUAAAUGGGAAGGUUAUCUUUAAGAAGCUUAGAAAAUCAAAAAGAACGGAAUUAAUUUAUUAAAGAAAUGGAGACAAUUUAAAUCUAAACAAAAAAUAAUAUAACAGAUUUAAAAUAAAUCAAGUCCUUAAGUUUUAAGAUUUUAUCAAUUUAAUUAACUUUACUUAAAGGAUAUUUUAUAGUAAUUUAAUGGAAUUCAACAUGAGAACCUAAUUAUCAAUAUCUAUAAUUUUUAGGAGUAUUUAUAUUAUUUAUAAUUAGGGAAUUAUUAAAGUUGAGAUAGAACACUUUAAGAGGAGCUGAUCUUUAAUUUAUUAUUUAGACCUUAAAUAACUCAACAAGUAUACUAAGAGAAAUAAAGAAUGGCAAUCUAAGAUGUGAAGCUUUUGAAGAACUAAAAUUAUAAUAUUCAAGUUGGAGAGAUCGUAUAAAUACAUUUGAAAAGAAUGAAUAAGAGCUUUUAGAAAGAAACAGAUAAAUUCUCAAAUUGAAAUGGUAGAAAGUAUAAGCAGGAGUGAAGGUACAAAAUAAAUUUGAUUCUAACCUUAUUUAAACCGUGGAGGAACGUCCAGAUGAAGAUUCUUAAGAUUGA